AUGGCAGCAGAGGUAGACUCGGCUCUGCCCGCAGAAGACGCAAUCCAUACCGAGAAGGCCCUUGGUACACUUCCUCAUGAGGAGAACGCCCGGUUAGACAAGAUCCUCAACCGGAAGUUUGACCUUCACAUUCUCCCUUGGUUAUUUGGUAUCUGGCUCUUCUCCUUCAUCGACCGCUCCAACAUAGGCAACGCUCGCCUCGCCGGCCUCCCCGAAGAUCUCGGCAUCGCCGGCGUCGGCACCCAGUUCAACCUCGCCCUCCUGGUCUUUUACAUCCCCUACAUUCUCGUCGACGUCCCCUCCAACCUCCUCCUCAAAAAGUUCCGCGCGGGCGUCUAUCUCCCUUCCCUCAUCACAGCCUGGGGCGUGGUGUGCUUGUCCAUAGGGUUUGUCAAGUCCUAUGCCGGGCUGAUCGUCUGCCGGCUGUUGCUGGGGUUGUUUGAGGGUGGGAUUUUGGGAGGGGUGAUCAUUUACCUGGCCAUGUUUUACAAGAGGCAUGAGAUGCUGUAUCGGAGUGGGCUGUUUUACUGUGCGGCGCCGUUGAGUGGUGCUUUUGGGGGGUUGCUGGCGGGGGCGUUGGGGAAUAUUGAGGUGGGGGGGUAUAAGAGGUGGCCGUGGAUCUUCUUUGUCGAGGGGGCGGCGACGGUGGUGUUUGGGAUCGUUUGCUUCUUCUUCAUGCCUGAUACGCCGGCCGCGUCACGGUUUUUGACAGAAGAAGAACGGGACUGGGCACUGAAGAGGAUGAAGAUCGAUGCGAGCGGCUCCACGGUUCUGGAGACAGUCGACGAGGAGAAGUUUGACUGGUUUUGGGUGUGGAUGGCCAUCAAGUCACCGCAGAUGUGGUUCUGUGCUGGUGUUUGGUUCUUUUUGCUGGUGCCUCUCUACAGUUUCUCGUUGUUCUUGCCGUCAAUCGUCGCCGGCAUGGGCUACACGUCAACCACAGCGCAGCUCUUUACCGUGCCACCCAACAUGGCCGGCUUCGUCGUGGUCAUUCUCACUGCUCACUUCUCUGACAAGGUCAAAAAUCGAGGCGGCUUCAUUGCUGCCGGCACUGUGGUUGGGAUAGCAGGAUAUGUGAUGCUCCUUGUAUCUGAACAGAAUGUAGUCAAGUAUGCCGGCACAUUUCUGAUUGCUAUGGGAGUGUUUCAAGCUUCACCUAUGCUGAUGGGGUGGGUUGCCAACAACCUGGCUCCUCACUACGUCAGGGCAGUGGGAGUGGGCAUUGUGAUAUCCAUCGCCAAUUGCUCGGCAUUCAUUGGAACGUUUAUCUACUUGCAACGAGAUGCGCCAAAAUACGCCCUGGGCCAUUCCAUCAGUCUUGGUGCCUUGGUCAUCACACUCUUCCUGACGGGCCUUCAGGUGGUAUAUCUCGGGUGGGAGAACAGAAAGCGUGAUAGCGGAGAAAGAGACAUUCGAUUGGUGGAAGGCAGUGUGCAUCGGCUCGGGCAUCGUCAUCCUGCUUUUCGCUACACACUGUAAAAAGGAAUCAACUGUAGAGAGCUCCAGGCACUAUACUUACCUAAACAGCACCAAGUGUUGACUAUGCAUGAA